CUUACCAAGCACAAAGAAUUCCAGAAAACCUUAGGAAGUAAACAGCCUGUUUAUGACACAACUGUAAGGACAGGACGGGCAUUGAAAGAAAAGGCCUCGUUAAGCGACGAUGUACAGAAAUUAGAUCACCUCCUUGGAGAAGUGAGGGAUAAAUGGGACACUGUGUGUGGAAAAUCUGUGGAAAGACAGCAUAAGUUGGAGGAAGCAUUGCUUUUCUCUGGACAGUUUAUGGAUGCCCUGCAGGCCCUUGUGGAUUGGCUUUAUAAGGUGGAGCCCCAGAUGGCUGAAGAUCAACCUGUACAUGGAGACUUGGAUCUUGUAAUGAACCUGAUGGAUGCUCAUAAAGUUUUCCAGAAGGAGCUAGGGAAAAGAACAAGCAGUGUUCAAGCUCUGAAGCGAUCUGCAAGGGAACUGCUGGAGAGCAGUAGAGAAGACACUACCUGGGUCAAGGUUCAGCUCCAGGAACUCAGCACAAGAUGGGACACUGUAUGCAAACUUUCUGUGUCCAAACAAACCCGCUUGGAGCAAGCUCUGAAGCAGGCUGAGGAGUUCCGUAGUACUGUUCACAUGCUGCUUGAGUGGCUUUCAGAGGCUGAACAGACGUUACGUUUUCGUGGUGCUCUUCCUGAUGAUGCAGAGGCUUUGCAGUCCCUCAUUGAUGUUCACAAGGAGUUCAUGAAGAAAGUAGAAGAGAAACAGGUAGAUGUAAACACUGCAGUUAGCAUGGGGGAGGCAAUACUGACAGUGUGUCACCCAGACUGUAUCACCACUGUCAAGCACUGGAUUACUAUCAUACGGGCAAGAUUUGAGGAGGUACUAACUUGGGGGAACCAGCACCAACAGAGGCUGCAGGCAGCACUCUCAGAGCUUUUGGCCAAUUCUGACCUGCUUGAUGAAUUGUUAGCCUGGAUCCAAUGGGCUGAGACUACUCUGAUACAGCGAGAUCAAGAGCCUAUGCCUCAAAAUAUUGACCAGGUCAAGGCUCUAAUUUCAGAACACCAGGUAUUUAUGGAGGAAAUGACUCAGAAGCAGCCAGAUGUAGAUCGAGUCACAAAGACAUACAAAAGAAAGACAACAGAUCCGAACCAUGCGUCAUUCAAUGAUAAAACACGAAGCAGAAAACCUCCAGUGCAAUCCACUCCACCUGUACUAGCUCUCCUGUCUCAAUCUGAGACCAAGAAUCCAAGGAUCAAUCAGUUGUCUGCACGAUGGCAACAGGUUUGGCUGCUGGCCUUGGACAGACAGCGAAAGCUUAACGAUGCUUUGGACAGACUGGAGGAGUUAAAGGAAUUUGCCAACUUUGAUUUUGACAUCUGGAGAAAGAAGUACAUGCGUUGGAUGAAUCAUAAAAAAUCUCGAGUUAUGGAUUUCUUCCGAAGAAUCGAUAAGGACCAAGAUGGGAAGAUUACUAGACAAGAAUUUAUUGAUGGGAUAUUAGCUUCCAAAUUUCCAACCACAAAACUUGAAAUGACAGCUGUAGCAGAUAUCUUUGACCGGGAUGGAGAUGGAUACAUAGAUUAUUAUGAGUUUGUAGCUGCCCUUCAUCCCAACAAAGAUGCCUACCGGCCAACUACUGAUGCAGAUAAGAUUGAGGAUGAGGUCACCAGGCAAGUUGCACAGUGCAAAUGUGCAAAGAGAUUCCAGGUGGAGCAGAUUGGAGAGAAUAAAUACAGAUUCUUCCUAGGCAACCAG